AUGUCAGGGACAGAAGAUGCAACCGCGCCGAUGGACGUUAGCGACCCGGCGCCGGCUACGUCCAGCAGCACGUGUGGCGCGGCCGUCGACGAACCGAUGACUGAAGUCCCUGCCCGGAGAUUUGAAGUUAAGAAGUGGUCAGCAGUUGCUCUCUGGUCUUGGGAUAUCGUCGUCGACAACUGCGCAAUUUGUCGGAACCACAUUAUGGACUUGUGCAUCGAGUGCCAGGCCAGCCAGGGAGGUUCGAGCUCAGAAGAAUGCACGGUCGCGUGGGGCGUGUGUAAUCACGCUUUCCACUUCCACUGUAUCUCAAGGUGGCUUAAAACCCGUCAAGUGUGCCCGUUGGACAAUGCAGACUGGGAAUUCCAGAAAUAUGGGCGGUAG